UUGAGUCACAUGACCAGUGCACAGCUGAGGGAUGCUGCUGGGGUAGGCUUGCCCGUUGCUAGCCUGUUAGCAACGUUAGCCGUGUCUAGUAAUCCUGGCUGAACCAUUCAUUUCUUUUCACAUUUUCGAACAAAAGCAACCAAGGGAGAUAUGCUACAAGCCAUGGAGAGGAUACAGUGCAUGUGGUCGUCUUUUGUGUCCCCUCAUAUCAUCAGCUUUCGGUUAGAUGUCAAUGUCAUAGUUUGUAGCUAGGGUUGUCCAGUUAGCUCAGCUAGCUGGUGUCUGGUUAACGCAGGCCAAGGCCGAGCGAGAAACGGGAAGGCCGUCGGGUGGACAGAGAAGGAGAGGAGAGGAGCAGGACGUUUGGAUCAGACCUUCUUUUGAAGUCGCCCUCACUAUCAUCUUCGUCACCAUCACCCUCAGCUGAGCCAUGUCUUCGUCAGGGUGCUGCCACCUACCUGGCUCCCUUUGUGAUUACUCCGGGAACGCAGAAUCUGAUGCCUCCAAGGAUUCGGAGGAGUCUGAUUCUACCGCACAGGCCCAAUACAUUGCCAAAGUUACAGCUAAAGAUGGCCGCCCACUCUCCACCGUUGUAAAAGCGGUGAGCUUGCAGAGUGAUGUGGGCAUGUGUCGGAUUUGUCAUGAGGGAGCUGGAGGGGAGACACUGCUCUCACCCUGCGACUGCACUGGUACGCUGGGUAAAGUGCACAAGAGCUGCUUGGAGAAGUGGCUGUCCUCCUCCAACACCAGCUACUGUGAACUCUGUCACACAGAAUUCACUAUUGAACGACGACCACAACCACUCACACAGUGGCUGAAGGACCCAGGCCCUCGCAGUGAGAAGCGCACGCUGCUGUGCGACAUGGCCUGCUUCCUGCUCAUCACACCGCUGGCAGCCAUCUCUGGCUGGCUGUGUCUGAGGGGAGCCCAGGACCAUCUGCAACUGAAGAGCAGAUUGGAGGCUGUUGGCCUCAUCGCCCUCACUAUCGCCCUCUUCACCAUCUACAUCCUCUGGACACUGGUGUCAUUUCGGUAUCACUGUCAGUUGUACUCGGAGUGGAGGAGGACCAAUCAGAAAGUGCGCCUGCUCAUGCCUGACAUGAAAGGGGCGCACACCACCCAACGUUCUGUGCCGACCAAGUCGACCAAGAAAAUGACUGAUGAGACCAUCGUAUGAGUGCAGAGCGCUGGCAAGAGGAAUAUUUAAAAUAACGCCCACUGAAGCGCUUUCUAAAAAAACAAAAUUAAUCGUAUUAAUAAACUUUUGCACUUCAUAAGGACCAUUCUAAAAGGGGAGAGAAACAUUCUCCACCUGUUUUCUUUUAUUGAAGCACUUGAUGUAAACUACUACGGUGGCCGCAAAAGCCACAAAAGUGGUUCUGGGAAGAACUCAUUCCGGAGUCAGAGACGAUGUUGAAACGCGGAGUUGUCACCGGACAGCCAGUGUUGGGAUGGGAACGACUGAAGACGUGGAUAAUGGACUAACCUGCCCAACUGUAUGUCCGUUACACAAACUUAUGAAAUACUAAGACACGAGCUAAUGUAGCAGGAUAUAACUGAUUCAGCAUGCUACUACAGUAUAAUAUGAAGCAUAUUCACUACCUAUAAUUCCCCCAUGCCCCUUCACAAUGUAUUUAGCUGUUUUUUGAACAAUGGGGCAGCCAAUAGCCCGGCAGAGGAUAAUAACCUAAAAACAUGAUUGACAAAGUCUACCUGUGAAUAUUCUUUGUCAACAAGUAGAGGGCGACAGUCGCUCAUACCAACGUUGUUGUCUACUAUCUGAACCCCUCUGAAGUUUCCUGGUAAAGCUUUAUCAUUGCUGUAUGAACGGUGAAAAUCUAAUUAUUUUCCUGUUUAGACAACAGCUAAGGCACCAUAUAUUUAUCACACUUGUCACAGGGUCGGUGAAGAUUGUGGUAUGUGGGAUAACCGCAGCCGUUAUACUGCAGUGCAGUGAUGUAUAAGUAAAUGGUAUUGAAGGAGCAGAAAAGUGUUUACAUUCUAAAUGUCUCUGCUAAUGUCAUAAAAGUGCAUUAGCAAACGGCCCUGCUCCACUUGUAAAUGCACCAUUCAUUAAUUGAGCUGCCUAGCAAAGACCAGAAGUUAUGUCGUACAUCACAAGAGAUGCAGUUUAAAUAGAAGAGAUACAGAUAUCUUCAGAAUAGUGAGACUACAGACUUUUGUCGGAUAUGGAAACACAGAGAUGUACCAGAGCAGGCUUGUAUUCAGUAAAGCUGCAAAAGAGAAAUGUGUUUUGAGACGUCAAUGUAUGCAGCAUAUGCUAUACAAAGUAUUGUGUGUCAUUGUAGUCUUCCUGCUGCAUCCCCGGAAAAGUUGGGUUAUUGUGCAAUAAAACACGAGGGACUCCUGGACUAAAUCAAUGUGAAAUGUCACUUGUUUAUUGGUUGUUUAUGUAUAUCUUUGGAAAUAUAUCUAAUGAUAAAUCGCUGUAGGGAUCGUGCCCUGUGAUUUCAUAAUGCUCUCAAUGUUUUCCCAUUUAAGUUGUUUGUGCUGGGCGACCUUUAACUCAUUCUUUGAAGGACAGUCAGUGUAUACUGUGAACAUUUACCCAAGUGCAGUACUAAAGUACAAUUUCAGUCUA